GUACAGGACACACUCAGAGCAAACAACAACGCGGCGCUGAACGGGCUGAACAUGAGUCGUCGGAGCUCAGACCGUGAGAGUUGGAAACUGGUCCCGGUACCGAACUGAAGCCCCCCCCUCCUCCACCUCCUCCCUCUCCCCGGUACCGCCUCUCCGGGCUCCAUAUGGGAGGCUAUUAUGCCCGGGGUAAGCGUGCCCGUGCGAAGUUUGUCUGAAGUGGAGAAAUACCUCAGCAGCGGCGGCCGGAUGGACCGGAACACGGAGGCCGGAUUCCUCAGCCUGCCUCUAUCGAUGCGUCGGGGUUCUUCGGACAACAACCUGGAUCUGGACCUCAUCGACGGGAGCCCCCGCCAGAGUCUCGUCUCGGAGGUCCACCGGAGUCGCUCCUGCCUGGACAACCUCCAGCAGAAGAUCCUGAAAGUCACGGAGCAGCUGAAGAUCGAGCAGGCUGCCAGAGACGAGAACGUAGCGGAGUAUCUAAAGCUGGUGAACAGCGUGGACAAGCAGCAGCUGGGGCGCAUCAAGCAAGUGUUCGAGAAGAAGAACAACAAGUCGUCACAGAACAUUGCGCAGAUGCAGAAGAAGCUGGAGCAGUAUCAUCGAAAGAUGAAGGACAGGGAGAUUCUUCAAAGCCCGCCGCCCCGGCCGCCCUCGGCCAAACGCAGCACCAUACCUAGGGAGUCUCCCCGACAGCUGAGGGACAUGACCGGCAGCGGGCGCCACCCGACCAUGGACAAGAUCAAAACUAUCGGGCCCGGCGUUUCUCUCUCCCCUCCUUUCUUCUUCAACAAGCCCAGGGAGUUUGCCAACCUCAUCCGGAACAAGUUUGGCAGCGCGGAUAAUAUUGCUCAGCUCAAAAGCAACCUGGACGCGUCGUCCGACGGCGCAGGGAAGGGGCUGAGCAGCAGCACGUCUUUGGUGAGCAAGGCCAAGUAUCCCAGCGACGACGAAUGCUCCUCAAUUUCAGCAGACAGCAAUGGGAACCUCGGUGUGGGUGGAGCCGUGGUGGGGCAGGGGCAGCAGCCUGGGGGAGACUGCCAGGGCAGGUUGGAGCUGUGCUACGAAGAGGUGAGAGAGAUAAGAGAGGUCCAGAACCAGCUGGAGGAAGAGAUGGACGAGAUGAAAGAGCAGUUCAAGAGGGAGUAUGGUAUUCUGAACCAAACACUACAAGAGGAGAGGUUCAGCAGGUAUGAGCAUCUGGAGGAUCAGCUGAACGACCUGACAGAACUUCAUCAAAACGAGAUGGCAAAUCUGAAGCAGGAGCUGGCCAGCAUAGAGGAGCGGGUGGCCUACCAGGCCCAGGAAAGAGCCCGGGACAUACAGGAAGCCCUGGAGUCGUGUCAGACUCGCGUCUCCAAGCUGGAGCUCCAGCAGCAGCACCAGCAGCAAACGGUGCAGCUCGAGAGCCCAGAUGCUCGGGUCUUACUGGGGAAGAGCAUCAACAUCAUGCUGGCCAUCAUCACCGUCAUCCUGGUGUGCGUCUCCACCGCUGCCAAGUUCGCCGCUCCGCUGAUGAAGAGCCGGUAUCACAUGGCUGUGACGCUGCUGGCCGUGUGCUUUCUGACCGUGUUCUGGAGGAACUGGGACCGUUUACAGUAUACCAUAGACAGACUGCUGAUGCCCAAUUAAACACGAGAAGAUCACUCUGAAACUAUGAUUGACUUAAUCACCUUUAGUUGCAAUAGGCGUCUAAGAAGAUUGGUUGUACAAUCUUUAAAAGGCGCGAUCGCCGUCAUCUUUAGAGGUUUGCGUUUUUAAAGACAGAUUUAAAUUGAAUUUCUUUAUUUUGUUUGUUUGAAUGGAAUUUGAAUGUGUUUAACUCUUCUAAACUAUAAAAAAAAGACUAUUUUUAUGUUCCAGUCAAUUUUGCUACUUUCUCAUUGAAAUUUUCACAAAAUAUUUUAGGUCAAAGCCAGAAUUAAACAAAGUGAGAAAGUUUGUUUACUGAAGAAAUGCAGCCCAUUCCGUCCCAUUUUGUUGCAGUCGGAUUAUGACGCAACAUGAUUGGAAACACACUCAGGUCCAAGACGUUACUAAUACUAAUAGUCACUUUUUGGUCUAAAAGAGUGGUUGGGCACCUUAAAAUACUCUUCCUUUGUUUUUGGUAAAAUACUCUUCCCUUGUUUUUGGUAAGUUCUUAGCUUAGCAUUGAGUCACCAGCAAAUUGCUAAGCUAAGAAUCCUUCUCAAACUCACAAACUAGAUUCUGCCCCAAAUUCCAAACUAGAACCAAAGACAGACCUCUAUUUUUAGAGGUCUGUUUUGAAAAUACUUUAAAAACAGAAAGUUUUGAAAGUAUUUCAAAAUGCUUUGAAAUAAAAGUAAAGCAAAAAUACACCCUUUUGCUUUCUCUCAACUGUGGACACACUGCUAGCAGCAAAUAAGACUAAUUUUGCAUCACAUUAGUCGCAGUUUAAUUUUGAUCACGUCAAAUUAAGACAAAAGAAAUAAAAAAGCUCCCUAAAAUAUACAAACUACAACAACUUCUAAAUUCUGUUGGGUUUGGUUUCCAGUCAUUUCUAAUAUUCACUUACCUCUAAUUAUCUGUGCAGGUCAGCAGUUUGCUGAGUUUAGCAAUGAAUAAGCAACAAAUUGCUAAAUUAAGCUUCAAAUUUGACUGUUACAUGGAAGGUGAACAGUGCCAGUCCAGAAACUUUUAUUUAAAAAUUUAUUUUAAAUAUUUGCUAGAUAAGCAGACUUAUGUCUUUGAAAAUUUUUAAAUAAGCUGUUUAGAGGAGGAAGAGAUCAUUUGUAAUUUAUUUUUUUUAUCUAAAAACGAAAUUGAAAACUUGAACAAACACCUACCUGCAUCUCUCUAAAUGUAGCUUAGCAUCAAAUCUGAAACACAUCGCUGAACUAGCUAAGCUAAACAAACACAUUGAGAUCCUCAAAUGAGCUGUUCAAAUUCGGCAAGCCAACAUCAAAAUCUAUUGCUUGCCAACACGUUUAAAAUACACUUACUUGCUCGUUAGCUUGUGCUAAUAGCUGUUUGGCUCACUUCUGCCAACAAAACGCCAUCAAAUUGCUAAGCUAGCCUCGUUUGAAAGACUCAAAAGACAUGUUCUCCCAAAAAUAUGCAAAGAAGAAACAGAGGCUCUCAAUUUUGAAGUUUGAUUUGCAGAUUUUGUUGCGUUUGGACAGAACUGCAGCAGCGUGCUUUUCACCGUGUGUGUGAGCUACGCUAUCAGACUGCUGCGUUCCCAAAUAUCAAACUAUUCUACUUAAGGGAGAACCUGCAGACUAAAGCAAGUGUGUCUGGGAAUCAAUCUUAGUCUCUGUUACCGAUUGCAUUGUGUUCAUCUGCCUCAUUUAACUGUUGCAGUUUAAUGUGCAAUAUAUUUGAUUUCUUGGAGCACUCUUUUCUUUUUUUAAAAUAAUUCUUAAAGGAGUGAGCGUUUUACAUUACUGAUCAACAGCAGUGACAGGGGCUUAUUGCUGAAGAAAGUUGUCACCAAUGCUGACAUGAGAGAUCCAUAAACAUCUAACCCGCUGCUGGACUCUGAUAAAACCAGCUGCCUCCUCUCUUAAAGGCCAAAAAUCAAUGGAGCUGCAUUAUCUUGCUGGUGGCCUGGUAACAACAACACCGCAGCACUCCAGUGGAGCCACAGACGCACACAAAUGCACAAAAAGGCACAAACCCCCAUCAUGUUGCUUGGUUUUCUUAUAAAAGUCUUAAGGGCUUACCCAGUUUCAUUACUCUGUUUUCUUAUAAUGUGACGUGGAGCGUGUGGAUCAUACUGUGAGAUAGGGCUUUUUUUUCCUUACAACUAAGGGCAGCUCUUUUUAACAAACUGCCUUGAGUUUCAGAGGAAAACGUCCCUGUGUUUUGUGAUUAACUACAAGCCAAUUAUUUUUUGGAAUCACUAAUGUAAUAUGUUAUGUUUAUCUAAUGAGCAUCGUCUAGAAGGACAGCACGUCAAUGUAUAAGGACCACUGAUGAUGUUUCUAAAUCCGUAGUAGCACAGUUUUUGUCACGGCUUGUUGCACCUUUUUUCUUUUUAUGGAUUAAAUUUGUUUUUGUUUUUUUUGACACAUUUGAGGAAGAUUCUCCAUGCACAACCAUGAUCUCGUUUACAUUCUGUAUUUUUCUCUGGUGCACUGUGGUCAAUCAGUUGUAUGUUUAUGCAUUCUGUGCCUUUGUCUGAUCAUUUCUGUUAAAUUAAACCUUUUUAAUCAACAUGUUA